AGCUUCAAAAAACCCUUAAUCAUUUGCUAAAAUCCAUAAAAUAACAAAAAUAUCCAACAAACAAAAACCCCGUCUCGAUAUCCACAACACAAACAUUGACUUCACCGUAACAACAUUCACAACCAAAUUCACUCCCAAACAGUUCAAAAAAUGGAUCAUCAAAUUCGCUAACAAUCUUCAACAAACUCGUCAAAAUCCACACCUUCAUCAUCACAAUCAUCAUCAUCUGAAUCGACUCACUCAACGAUGCGGUUAUGGACAGUGUUAUAUGUUCUUCUACUGUUAGGUUUAGGGUUUUCACCGGAAUUUGGGGCUUCGUUGAAGCUUCCGUUCGCAGUAGACGAUUUGCUUCCGGUUUUACCGCGGCAGAUCUCGUGGCCGGUGAUGAAUAGUUUCGGUAAGGCGGUGGAUCUGUUGCCGUCGUUUGUUGGAACGAUUUCGCCGAAUAAUGGAUCGGUGAAGUGGAGAGGUGCGUGUUUUUAUGGAAACGAAGCGCGUAUGGAGCUUACUGGAGGUGAUGAGCGUGGUUUAGGAGGUGGUGUUAUCUAUCUCAAGACUGCUGAAGCCCACAGUUACACAUGUAUGGAUCUCUAUGUCUUUGCUACACCCUACAGGAUUACAUGGGAUUACUACUUCGUAUCACGUGAACAUACUUAUGAAUUUAAAUCAUGGGAGGACCCUGCAGAGUUGGAAUAUGUAAAACAACACGGAGUCUCUGUCUUUCUAAUGCCAUCUGGAAUGCUAGGAACAUUGCUUUCUUUGGUUGAUGUUUUACCGCUAUUUUCCAACACAAAAUACGGUCAAGAUGCGAAUCUUGCUUUUCUAAAGAACCACAUGGGCGCUACUUUCGAGACACGACCUAAGCCAUGGCGUGCAACCAUUGAUCCAAAUGAUGUUCAUUCGGGUGAUUUUUUAGCUGUUUCAAAGAUCCGUGGACGAUGGGGCGGGUUUGAAACAUUGGAGAAGUGGGUCACUGGGGCGUUUGCAGGUCAUACUGCGGUUUGUAUGAAGGACGAGUUUGGAAAUCUUUGGGUUGGUGAAUCUGGACACGAGAAUGAAAAGGGUGAAGAGAUUAUUGUGGUAAUACCAUGGGAUGAAUGGUGGGAUUUGGCACUUAAGGAUGAUUCUAACCCACAAAUAGCAUUGUUACCAUUACAUCCUGAAAUACGUGCGAAGUGGAAUAACACUGCCGCAUGGGAAUAUGCUCUAAGCAUGUCGGGAAAGCCUUACGGUUAUCAUAACAUGAUUUUUAGUUGGAUUGACACUAUUGGCGACAAUUAUCCGCCACCUAUUGAUGCUCACUUGGUGAUUUCUGUCAUGUCUAUGUGGACAAGAAUGCAGCCUGCAUAUGCUGCCAAUAUGUGGAAUGAAGCCCUAAAUAUGCGUCUUGGGACGGAGGGGUUGGACUUGUAUGAAAUCUUAGAAGAGACCGAAAAACGAGGCAUAUCUUUUGAUGAAUUGCUCACAAUCCCCGAGAAUGAUGAAUGGGUGUAUAGUGAUGGCAAAUCUACAACUUGUGUUGCCUUUAUUCUUCAAAUGUAUAAAGCUGCUGGAGUUUUCGGCCCUGUUGCAGAUUCCAUUCAAGUAACCGAGUUCACUAUUCGUGAUGCGUAUAUGCUCAAAAUCUUUGAAAACAACCAAACCCGACUUCCGAAUUGGUGCAACAAUGGUGACGAUAAGCUUCCAUUCUGCCAAAUUCUUGGUAAAUAUCGUAUGGAACUACCUCUAUACAACACGUUAGAGCCGUAUUCCAACAUGAAUGAAAACUGCCCUUCUCUCCCUCCAACUUACGAGAGGCCUACGCAUUGCUAAACUUCUAAUAUUCCAAGUUGUGUAUAUUGAAUCUGUUUUAAACCUCGUAUUGUGUUGUUUUGCUACGUAUGUCUACACGCUCAUGGUAUAGAUGACGGUAAGCGUAAGCACUAAUCUCUACUAUUUUGUGAUCGUCAAAUGGUUAUUGUAGGUGGGUUAUGUGUGUAUAUGGUUUCUUAUACUUCCCGA